UUGCCUACAUACUUCGUAAGGAAGUAACCUACGCCCGACUCACCAAAUCGAUGCACUUUCCUUCAAUCAUCAGAUUUCGAAACGUCAACCCCCAAAUCAUCGUCUUUUCCUUUUUAUUUUUCGGACGGAGGAGCCACUGACCUUUUUUAUCUUCGUUUUAACAAUUACCGUUAAAAUUUUAUCUCUCAUCUACUCGCAUUUAUUUCUAAUCUAGCUGCGCAAAAUCAUUUAAAGUAAUUCAAUCUUUCUUUUCUUUCUUCUACAAAACCUAUCCGCAAUUCCGCACAGCCAACCAUGGAGCGUGUCAAAGCCGAGUUUGACAAGGACACCGACCAUGGCGAUUUGCAAAUGGCGGAUGCAAGGCCAUCAUACAAAUCAUGGAAGAAGAAGUAUCGCAAAAUGCGCAUCAAAUUUGAUCAGCAGAUGCAAGAGAUAGAGAAUCUCCAUAAGCUGGAACAAAAAGCCAUGCGAACAGCGAAACGUCUUGCCAUCGAGAACGAUCGUCUAAUGGAUCUAUUGAUGGAUAUUAAUGACUCACCUCAAAUCCCAUUCGAGCGACGUAUCGACCUGAAUCUAGACGAGGACUCGGAUGAGAAUGAUUCGGACGCUACGCAGAAGCCUACACGAUCUCUCAGACGACUGGAGUCGGACGUGCCUCACAGAUCAUUCGCCGCUAGUGCAGAACAAUUCCCAGAACUCCUGGAAGACCUUGAGCCUGAAGAUCCUCAGAUACACCCCAUCUCGUUCCUAACUGCGGACGACGUCGAUGAGUAUCUCUACGAACUUGACGCGCGAUUGAAAUUGAAGCCGAAGCCGACACUCGCCCCAAGCGCUCUAGGGAAGGAAGUCUCUAACCCUGCCGCUAACUUCGCCCUGCGAAACCCGACAAGUGUCUACAACUGGUUGCGAAGACACGCACCAAAGACAUUCCUCCAAGACCUCGAGAAGGAGAAGGAGAAAGAUAAAGACAAAGGGAAGAGCAAGGAUGACGACCAUGAGAGGGAUGAUGACGGACGAAAACGUAAGAGUGGCACAUCCGCGCGCUCUAAGAGGCAAUCAGCCGCUACUCGUAAAGAGAAGGAGAAGGAGGCAGCAGAGUCCAUGGAUUGGGAUGACGACGGUGGUUACGACAUGCCCACGGCGAAGGGAAAGAGAAAAAGGGACGAUGAUGGCGGAUAUAGACCCAAAGGGGGUUCGAGCCGACCCACUAAGAAGCGUAAGAGCAAAGACCUGGGAUCUCUUCCGACCAAGGGUUCACGAAAGUCGAACGCCUAAAUUUCUUAGUGUUGAUAGCCUCACCAUCUAGGAAUGAUGGUGUUGGGCUUUUCCUCCGGUGUAUUAUUACUUCCUGCUACCCGCAACACAUGACUUCCGGUCAGUCAUGGGGCGUGGUUGUAGUUUGCCUGGCAUGGCAA